AUAAAAUGCAAAGCUUCAAAAGAGCACGCUUGAGUCCAGUUACUAGACCAACUCCCAAGCGGUUGGUUCGUUCAAGUAGGAAAAGAAUUAGUUUUUCAACAAGAAAACACCAAAAGGUUGAGAAAAUUCUGAAAUUUCCUAGGAAUCUCCAUGCAGUUCAGCAAGCUCAUAAUAAAAUUUUGAACAAUACCAAGGAUGGAUCAUCCAAAGGGUUUGGAAAUUUAAGCAUUAGUGAAACCAUUGAGAAGUCUCCUCAUCCUCCUGCUGAUGAUUACUUAUUGCUAGAAAAUAGCAAAAUCAAAAAUGUGAAGCUACAUAGUGUCCGAAGCGGCUUCAUCAGCAAGAGAGUUCAAACUGGAAGAUAUGCCAGAGAUUUACAAGGCGAGAUUGCUGAUAAUGACUAUAACACAUUCAGUAUCCUCAAUAACCCUGAAGCUCCCAAUAAGAGCAACCCCAGACUCUUCAAAAUUAUGAAUAAAGCUAGAAGAAUUACCUAUGAAGCUUCUAAAGAUAAGAGAGACUCUACAAGGAGAUUCUUUAUGCAGAAUGUGUAUCAGAUAGCUAAAGAACGUAAACAAAGAAAAAGAGAUGCAAGAAGUUCCUCCGCCACUCAAUCUAUAACUUCUCUGAGCAGCAGAGGAGAAAUACAACCCAAGAAAACAAGAAAUUCUGAAGUUCGUAAGUCAAAGGGACCUGAAGAUAAACAAAGCUUGAGCUUAGAAUCAAGACACUCUCACCAAAAACACGAUCGGAAAGUUCUAAAUUUAAGUUUGAAACCUUGAAAGAUAUUUUCCCAAACCGAAUUAGACAACCUCGAAGUAGAGAAAUCACAAACCACUCCAGCCCCUGUGAAGAAUAAAUAUCUAAAUUAUCCCGUCGAUCAAAAUAAAGUGAACAAUUACUUUGAAGACCCAGAAUACUGGAUGUACAGAGGAGAAAUACUUAAACGAAAAUAAUAAUAUAGACGGAGCUAUCAAUAACUAUAAAAGUCUUAAAGGGAACCUCUCGCUACAUUUCUCCCUAGGGACAUCAUAUAUGCAGAAAUAAACAGUAUGAGAGAGCAUUGGCCUAUUUUAGGUCAAUCCUUGAGCAAGAUGCCUCCCAUGUUAAGUCUCACUUUUGCUUGACUUUGUCCCUAUUCAGACUGGAAAGAUAUGAAGCAGCUUUAGAUCAUAUUGAUAAAGUUCUCAGCUAUCCCCUGUCUAAAUUUCUCCAAAUACACUCAAAAAUCCCAACCAAAUAGCCCAAGCCCAUUCUCCAAAACUUCAAAAAAUUCCCUUAAAAAGCUCUAAAAUUACCUCAAAAUUCAGAAAUUUACUCCUGGAUUUGUCUGAGGGGUAUGUGCUACAAACAGCUUGGAAUCCACGAAAAUGCAAAAACUGACCUGGAAUACCUCAAAAGUUUUAGCCCAGUCAAGACCUUGGAUGAGCUGCUUGAUGAAAACAGGUAUUGCCCUUCAUACAAGGAGAUUUAUAUCCGGGAUAAAUAAGGCACCGCAUGUACUCCUGACGAAGGAUUUUUACAUCGAAGGGGAUGGCUGGAGAAAUGAUGGCAUCCCAGAAGCAGUAGAGGUCCUUAGAGAAGUCACCUUCUUCUCGAAAUUCUGAUAUUUGGACAUUAAAGCGUAUAUUAGUAAGAUGUGGGUCAAGACUUAUGAAGCACAACAGCUGAUACUCGUGCCGAAUGAUACUGCGUGAAUUGUUAUGGGAGGAUAUAUGAAAUUUCACAAAUUUUAAUUGCAAAACAAAAGAAUCAAUGCUCUGUAAACUACUAUUCCAGGGUGAUUUUGUGUUCAAUAGUAAUAGUUUCAGACCUCCAAUCGACUUCUGGCUUGAAACAAUAACCCCUGUGGAGUUAUUGUUUAUGAAGAAAGUUGAUUUUGAGGUAUUAUGGGAAUUAAUGAAGCAGAAAAGCACCCAAUAUGUUGUAGAUUUCCUCAAGGAGCACUUUCUAUUCUGCACUCUUAGUAAACAAACCAAAUAUUUGCUUGCUUAUGAUGUAUUGACUAUAAAGAAAUUUCGGAAAGGCGAUAAGAUCCUUUCAUUCACAAAACUAUCAGACAAAGCAAUAUCUGCAUCCAAAGAGAAGAGCCAUAGGCUCAGAAAGAGAUUCAUAGAUGCGAAUCACUUGCUCUCAGAGAAACUUAAAUAAAGCUCAAAAAUAUGCAGAUGAAGGCCUCCAUGACAAAAUAGACCAGCUCGUCCAUAUUGAUAACUACUCCGAUGACUCUGGUGAGGCAGAAGAGAUCAUGAAGAUGGUUCAAAAACAAGAUGAGCUAAAAUAGACUAGGUUUUCAAAAAUCAGCUCAAAAGUUUGCUCAAAGUCGCAAAAUUAAGCAUAAAAAUAUCAGUAUUUCAGGUAUAAACUCAGGUCUUAGGAAGGAUAUGCACAAGAGUCCAACAGUAGGGUUUAUAAAGAACUCGACUACAUUAACUCCAUCCUACUUCGAAAAUGAGUUAAGAAAGCUUGAAGUCCCAGACAAAGAGAUGGAAACUUGCCAAAAAUAGCCAAAUAAAGUUCAUAAUUAACGAAAUAAUGGGUGAAUUCCUAUUUGAUAAAUCCUGCCCAAACCCAUCAAUCUCUGAUAAAAUAGAUACAGAUAAGGUUUUCAAAGUGGAGAAUGACUACAUCGGCCAAGAUGGGAUCUACAUCGUUGAUAAAGGCAAAUGAUCGUUAGUUUUCCCCAACGAAGACACUCUUGUUGCUAAAUUAGGGAAAUAUGACUUUUUCGGUCCUAUAUUUUACCUUGAGAUGAUCAAGAAAGUUCUGUUUACGAAGGAUUUAACAACAAUAACCGUUGUUGCUGAUACCCAAGAGGUUACUUGCUUGUUCUUCUCGAUGAAAAGAUUUGGUAAAAUUCCAAAAUAUGAAAGACCAAUUGUUCUAAAAUUGUUUGAAAAAGCAGCUGAGAUGUAUUCUAAAAAGAUUGGUUGAUAGCUUCAAUAUCUUGAAAA